AAUGCAUUCGACUGCUCUCCCAGUGUGACAAAGCCUUGGACUUGUGUCAGAAAUCUGUUGAAAUCUGUUUCUCAGUGGAAAACAAAGAGCCAUCAGGCGGCCGCAGCACUGAUGUGUAAUCAGCACAGCUCAAGGCAAGAAAAUAAGGAUGUAACAAUGCCCUCUUAAUGAAAAUGACAGUCUCAUGGACACAUGGAGAAUUGUGAUUUUGGAUAUGAUUGCUGAGGGAAGGGUUGGAGACUCGAUGAGAAAGUUAGACUCCACUCUGACUUUUUAUUUAUGAGUGUAACAGACACAAUUGUUUGAUUGUGGUUCAUGGUGCUGUCCAUGGUGCUGAAAAAAAGGAGUCCAGCCAGAAGGGUUUGAACAAGGCGGGUGUGCGCAUGUGCCCCCCAGAACUUCCAAAUGAAUAUUGCCUCCCAUGACUUGGCAUGAACCAGCCCUCCAUCCUCUCCUCCAGACCCUCCUCUGUAGCACCAGCAUGGCUACCUGUCCCCCCCUCCCGCAGACUCCACUGCAGCCAGAGCACUCUUUCAUGGGGAGGCGCUCACGCAUGACUGUCUCCCGCUGCGAUGGUGCGCUCGCUUGUCCGAUCUUAUGAAGACAUGAAACGCUCAACCUGAUUAUCUGCUGCUGCGCGCGCGGAUGGGGGCAUGCGCCUGUGCGCGCCACGACUUAAUGCCACAUUAAUUUGGUGCCUCGAAUGAUUAUCAUUAUUAUUAUUUUAAUCAAUUUGUUUUAAACAUCUUUAAAUCCACGAGAGUCCAGCACCUUUACGCCCCCGGAGGCUUACAUGCGUUUACACCCGUUUAAAUGGCAUUUGCUGCAGUUUAUUUCAUUAGAGGGGGGUUUGCUGGCGCAACAAGAACACUUUCCAUGUGGAGAGAAAAUAAAGGAAUGCCAGCCCUCCUUCUUUCUCUCAUUUUCCCCCCGUCUCUCCAACACUCACUUUGGCUGAGAUUUCACGCGCUAAAUGAGAUUUUGACUGACCAAAAAAGUAGGAUUCUGAUCCGGAUCUGAAUUCUUGACACUUCAAAGCAAGAAAAGAGGGAUUUUUUUCUUUCGUUUUAAAUUUUUUUAAAGCUUCAGAUUUCCUAAAGAGAUGUCCGGCUGAUCCAUUUUUGGCUGCAUGCGGAGCCGGGCUUCACAGAUGCGCCGCCUUAUUCCACAGAGAGGUGUAGUCUGGGCGCGUGAUGGAGUGAAGACGAUCCUCACGUGGAAAUUGUUUUGUUAAAGCCUGCAGGGAAUUAUUGGUUUGCUUGUUUUUUGUAAAGAUACCCCGCGUUUUUUAAUGGAUAAAGCGUCUGGAAACAUCAAGUUGCGCACCGAUGAAGCUGCCGACAAAAAUCUGAGAAGAUGUGAGCAUGCAUGCCAACAUUUCCUGGGACCUGAGAGAGCGUCGUCGGUGCGUUAGAGGAUGCUGGGUCUGAUGGGUUAUUUUUUCCUCCCAAAUUCCUCUGCGCAGCGGCUCCGUAUGUACUGUUUCCACACUCCUCUCCGAAUAAAAGUUGACGCGUGAGAGAUGCGCAAGAUUUGUGGGGCUUUGAGGCUCCGUCUUUGCGCGCUGGAGAUGUGAAUCCAGCAAGUGCGCACCAGCAGAGGCUUCCAUCGAAUCGCAAAGCCCCCCCGCCCGUGUUCUGUUGCUCUGUCUGGGGAGGAACUUGGCUUUUCACCGCAGCACCACUAAAACGAUUUUGUUUAUUUGUUUUUGGUUUUUUUUUUUUGGCUUCGCCCCCCUCAUCGAAAUGCCUCCAUGAGCGCAGAUUCCGUAAAUGCCAUUUGGAUACUGAUUCUCCAUGGUGUUGGGGGGCCAAGUGCGUGAAGGGAGGAUAAACGGCGGCUGUUUCGUUCUGUAAAUCGUGGACACACCUUUUUUGAUGCCAGUCAAGAUAUCAACGGCGUUGCCAUGACGAGCGAGGACGGUCCUGUGCCGCUGGGAUGCAUUUCCCCAGCAGGGCCAGGGCAGAUUGAGGAGUACGGCUCGGCUCAGGCUGAUGACAUCAUUGAGGAAGUGGGUCCUGGUGAUGAUGUCAGCACCGUCAGUGACUUAAGCACCCUGGUGGUGCCGUACCCUGAGCUGGCGCCUGUCGUCUUCUUCUGCCUUAAGCAGACCACCUGUCCUCGCAACUGGUGCAUCCGUAUGGUCUCCAGCCCGUGGUUCGAGAGGAUUAGCAUCAUGGUGAUCCUGCUCAACUGCGUGACGUUGGGCAUGUACCAGCCCUGCGAGAACAUCGACUGCACCUCGGACCGCUGCCAGAUCCUGCAGGCCUUCGAUGCAUUCAUCUACAUCUUCUUUGCGUUGGAGAUGGUAAUAAAAAUGGUGGCUCUUGGGAUUUUUGGCCGUCGCUGCUACCUGGGAGACACGUGGAACAGGCUAGACUUCUUCAUUGUCAUGGCAGGGAUGGUGGAGUACUCACUGGACCUGCAGAACAUCAAUCUGUCAGCCAUUCGGACGGUGCGGGUUCUUCGGCCACUGAAAGCCAUCAACAGAGUACCAAGUAUGCGGAUCCUGGUGAACCUGCUGCUGGAUACUCUACCCAUGCUGGGCAAUGUGCUGCUGCUCUGCUUUUUUGUUUUCUUCAUCUUCGGCAUCAUCGGCGUGCAGCUGUGGGCGGGGCUACUGAGGAACCGUUGCUACCCUGAGGAGAACUUUACCCUCCCUUCAGGCAUGACCCUGCCAAAUCCGUACUAUCAGCCAGAAGAGGAUGACGAGCGCCCCUUCAUCUGCUCCUUGGCCUCUGAUAAUGGUAUCAUGUCAUGCACUGACGUGCCAGCGAGGCGCGAAGGAGGACGAAUAUGCUGCCUGGAUAAGGAGGACGCUCUGCACAGACAGGCUCUGGGUUUGAGUCCCGAGCCCCUGAAUAAUGGCAGCGGUGCCGGUGAAGCCUUAGGUCUGUGCAUCAAUUGGAACCAAUACUACACCCGGUGCCACACUGGCAACACUAACCCGCACAAAGGAGCCAUCAAUUUUGACAACAUUGUUUAUGCCUGGAUAGUCAUUUUCCAGGUGAUCACUCUGGAGGGCUGGGUGGAAAUUAUGUAUUAUGUGAUGGACGCUCAUUCUUUCUACAACUUCAUCUACUUCAUAUUACUCAUCAUUAUCGGCUCAUUUUUCAUGAUCAACCUGUGCCUGGUGGUCAUCGCUACCCAGUUCUCGGAGACCAAACAGCGGGAACACCAGCUAAUGCAGGAACAAAGGGCGCAGUGCCUCUCCUCCUCCACCCUGGCCAGCAUGGCCGAGCCGGGAGACUGCUACGAGGAGAUCUUCCAACUGGUUUGUCAUGUCCUCCGCAAAGCUAAGAGGAGAUCAGCGGCUCUCUACUACACGCUGAGGGGCAAGACCCCUCCAGCUGGUGGAGGCAGGGGGAACAGGAGGGUUGGGGGGAACGCGAACGGAGAUCAACAUCACUUGAAGCAUCCAAGAUCACCUAAAUGUCAGCACCACAGCAAGCAGGACCCCCGCUCACAGGCCAACUCCAUCAGUCUGUCUGUCCCACAGAACCCCGACGACUGCCCCGUGUGUGCACUGUCACUUAAAGAAGGCACGCGGGACGUGGGGGACUCGGCCAAUGACGAAGAAAAUGAAGAUGACGCCGUCAACGAAACAGACAAAGAGGAAAACCACCUGGAGGAGAAGGGAGACAAGGGGAAGAGGCCGAGGAGGACAUGCUUUGGUUGCUGCAGAGAUCUCUGGAGCAGCACGAGGAAAAAGCUUUGGGGCAUCGUGGAGAGCAAGUACUUCAGCAGGGGGAUCAUGAUCGCCAUCCUCAUUAACACCAUCAGCAUGGGCAUCGAGCAUCAUAACCAGCCUGAUGAGCUGACAAACGUCCUGGAGAUCUGCAACAUCGUCUUCACCAGCAUGUUCACCCUGGAGAUGAUCCUCAAGCUCACCGCCUUUGGUUUCUUUGAGUACUUGAGGAAUCCCUACAACAUUUUUGACGGCAUCAUUGUGAUCAUCAGCGUGUGUGAGAUCAUCGGGCAGGCAGACGGCGGCCUGUCGGUGCUGAGGACCUUCAGGCUGCUGAGGGUCAUCAAGCUGGUGCGGUUCAUGCCGGCGCUCAGGCGACAGCUUGUGGUGCUGAUGAAGACCAUGGACAAUGUGGCCACAUUCUGUAUGCUGCUCAUGCUCUUCAUCUUCAUCUUUAGUAUCCUGGGGAUGCACAUAUUUGGCUGUAAGUUCAGUUUGAAGACGGAAGCUGGAGACACGGUUCCUGACAGGAAGAACUUUGACUCCUUGCUUUGGGCCAUAGUCACAGUCUUUCAGAUUCUGACUCAGGAGGACUGGAAUAUGGUGCUGUACAAUGGCAUGGCAUCAACCUCCCCCUGUGCCGCUCUCUACUUUGUAGCACUUAUGACAUUUGGAAACUACGUGCUCUUCAAUUUACUCGUCGCCAUCCUGGUUGAAGGUUUUCAAGCUGAGGGCGAUGCAAACCGCUCCUACUCGGACGAUGACAGGUCCUCCUGUAACUUUGACGAGAAUGAUAAGCAAAAGGACUCCCUGCAUCUGUCAGACCCCAAAAUUUGUACCCUGACCCCUAAUGGACACCUGGACCUGUCCAUGCUGCCCACUGGUCUGUUUCCUGGAGAGAGGCUGACCUUUGCGAUUGGCUCCAGGAAGAACAGCGCCAUUUCUCUUGGCAGGGCGGAUAUAGAGAAGAAGGCUUUUUAUCCAGGUCGGGGUUACCACAACUGGGGCCGCCCUCUUCCUCAGCCUCGCACAAUUUGGGCUCGUCGCUCCAGCUGGGGGAGCCUGGGGGGCCAGCCGUGCUCCUCCUCAUCUCCCUCUGCAAGUCCAGCCUUCAAUCCUACCUCCACAAGACCCUUUUACGGCUGCGACCAGGGCGGGAUAGGUGGAGUGGUUGGGGGAAGCCUCCGCAUCCGCGGGCCCCGCUCCUCCUUGUCGAAUCGGCAUUGGCGCUAUUCACACCCCGAUGAGGAGGAGUCUCUCCUCGCUCCUCAUUCUGUUGCUCCCCACUCGCUCCACGUUCCCCAUCCUGUCCUCCCCGGAUACUUUGCACCCCGGAGAGACCGCAGGGCUCUUUCCCUAGAGCUGCCCCACGUGCUGCAGCUCUCUGCUGGGACAACGCACACGCCUCCACAGACACACCACCCAGUGCCUGCUGUCACACUCCCCGCCCCCCACUGCAAAAAGAGCCUCUCAGGAGAGCUGGUCAUCAAAAGUGGUGGUGAUUUGGAAGCAGUUCACCAAGACUGUAACGGCAGGACGCCACAGUCACACCUUCACCCGCCACCCUCAAAACGCCAGAGUGGGGCUGCAAAUCCCCAAAGUCAUCUGAUGACUGAUGUCUUCCCUCAAGUGAACACGCGCACCAAGGACCGAGAGGACCUGGACGAUGACAUCGAAUAUAGUUUGUGCUUUCGCAUUCAGAAGAUGUUGGAGGCAUACAGGCCAGACUGGUGUGAGACGAGAGAGGACUGGUCUGUUUUCCUGUUUUCCCCUCAGAACAGGUUUAGACAGAUCUGCCAGUCCAUCAUUGCCCAUAAGCUCUUUGAUUAUGUGGUACUGGCCUUCAUCUUCUCCAACUGCAUCACAGUGGCUCUGGAGAGGCCCAAGAUACUACAGGGCAGUUUGGAACGAGUCUUUCUCACCAUAUCCAAUUACAUCUUUACUGCCAUCUUUGUGGGCGAAAUGACUCUCAAGGUGGUUUCCAUGGGUCUAUAUAUGGGCGAACAGGCGUACCUGCGGAGCAGCUGGAACAUUCUGGAUGGAUUUCUGGUUUUUGUGUCUUUGAUCGACAUUGUCGUGUCCAUGGCAGGAGGGGCUAAGAUCCUGGGCGUGCUCAGAGUCCUCAGGUUGCUCCGAACGUUGCGACCCCUCCGAGUGAUCAGCAGAGCUCCAGGACUAAAGUUGGUGGUGGAGACGCUCAUCACUUCACUGAAGCCCAUCGGCAACAUUGUUCUGAUCUGCUGCGCGUUUUUCAUCAUUUUUGGGAUUCUUGGAGUCCAGCUGUUUAAAGGAAAGUUCUUCUAUUGUCUCGGCCCGGAUGUCAAAAACAUUACCAACAAGUCUGACUGUCUACAAGCUAACUAUAAGUGGGUUCACCAUAAGUAUAACUUUGACAAUCUGGGACAGGCUCUGAUGUCCCUGUUUGUCCUGGCCUCCAAGGACGGCUGGGUCAAUAUAAUGUAUCACGGUCUGGAUGCUGUGGGUGUGGAUCAGCAGCCGAUAACCAACAACAAUCCAUGGAUGCUGCUGUACUUCAUCUCCUUCCUCCUCAUCGUUAGCUUUUUUGUCCUCAACAUGUUUGUUGGCGUGGUGGUGGAAAACUUUCAUAAGUGCCGCCAACACCAGGAGGUGGAAGAAGCCAAGAGGCGGGAGGAGAAGCGUCAGCGCCGCAUGGAAAAGAAGAGGAGGAAGGCCCAGAAGCUUCCUUACUAUGCCAGCUAUGGCCAAAUGCGCCUGAUGAUCCACACACUCUGCACAAACCACUAUCUGGACCUCAUCAUCACCUUCAUCAUUUGCAUUAAUGUCAUCACGAUGUCCUUAGAGCACUACAAUCAACCUCAUUCUCUGGAUCUUGCCCUCAAGUACUGCAACUAUUUCUUCACCUCCACUUUUGUCCUGGAAGCUGUCCUCAAACUCAUCGCGUUUGGAUUCCGUCGCUUCUUCAAAGACAGGUGGAACCAGCUGGAUCUGGCCAUCGUGCUCCUGUCAGUGAUGGGGAUCACGCUGGAAGAGAUUGAGAUCAGUGCUGCCCUGCCCAUCAACCCCACUAUCAUCAGGAUCAUGAGGGUCCUAAGAAUAGCGCGAGUACUGAAGCUGCUGAAGAUGGCAACAGGAAUGAGAGCGCUGCUGGAUACAGUCGUCCAAGCCCUGCCUCAGGUGGGUAACCUGGGCCUGCUCUUCAUGCUGCUGUUUUUCAUCUACGCCGCCUUAGGAGUAGAGCUUUUUGGAGAACUUGUUUGCAAUGAAGACUAUCCGUGCGAAGGUAUGAGUCGUCACGCGACCUUCGAGAACUUUGGCAUGGCCUUUCUUACCUUGUUUCAAGUCUCCACGGGCGACAACUGGAACGGCAUUAUGAAGGACACAUUGCGGGAGUGCCCACCAGACCACAACACUGGCGUGGACUAUGCCUGCAAUCCGAGCCUUCAGUUUAUCUCGCCCAUGUACUUUGUCUCCUUUGUGCUCACCGCCCAGUUUGUGCUCAUCAAUGUGGUGGUGGCCGUGCUGAUGAAGCACCUGGACGACUCCAACAAGGAGGCCCAGGAGGAGGCGGAGAUGGAUGCAGAAAUUGAGCUGGAGCUGGCCCAGGGCACCCUCUGUUGCAUGGGCACCCCCAUGUGUGGGGGCGGAGGGGUGGACAAAGGACUGCUAGCUGUUGGAACGGGCCAAGCAGGAGCGGCAGGGAGAAAGGACAAACCGGGGGCCAGAGGAGACAAGGGCGAUGGAGGGAGGAGGGUGCGACACGCCGCGCACCAGGAAACGUACAACUGCUGUGAUUCCAGCCAGACGCUCUACUCACCAGCACAAGAGAGCCAGUGGUUGGACAGCGUAUCUCUCCUAAUCAAGGAUACUUUAGAGGGGGAGAUGCUGAUGAUCGACAACCUGUCCGGUUCUGUUUUCCACCACUACUCCUCUCCUCCACCUGUCUGCAAAGACUGCAAGGGCCACCCACUAGAGCAGAUCAGAAUGGCAGAAAUUGAGCAAGCCUCCCUAAAGUCAGAGCAGCUCUCAGACAAGUCUUCAUCCCCUGCUCUGCCGGACGACCUCAGCCUGGAUGAACACACCUUUCACAUGUUGGCACAAGAGAGCAAGGGGAGGUGCAACAGUGACUCUCGCAGCUCAGAGGAGACCGAUGGUGGAGGAGGAGGCGGUCACGACGGAGACCACCAGGCUCAGAUGGAGGUGCAGGGUCAGGUGCCAGGGUCCUGCUCUGGAACAGAUGCAAGGACGGCUCUGCAGAGGAUGGAAAUGCAAACACACCAGUCGCAUAUGUGCUCGCCUCCCUACAGCCCUGGUGUCAUCUCCGGAAAGGAAGCGAACAAGGAAGGAGAAGCCAGUAGUGUUUCUACUCCCUUCCAUCUGCCUGUAGCGUUCUUCCACUCUGCAGGAACCGCCAUCCCAGUACCCAACCGCAGUAGGAGUCUUCGUUUGUCGAGGGGUACUAGGCUGACCUCUCCAUCUUCGUGGGCUUCGUUCAGCUCCCCUGUAGUCCAAAGAAAGAUGCUUUGUGCACAAUAUCCAUCCCAUAGUGACUCAUCCCUCGCUACUGGAAGCUCUGAAGGCAGCCUUCAGACCACCCUGGAAGAAGGACUGAGCUUCAGUGUCUCCCCACCACGCAACCUGGAUGUGCCCAUAACAACUCCGCUGCUUCCCAUGUGCCCCGUCGCACCACAUGAAGACAGAACUUCCAUCUUCUCUCCACUUCAAUCCAUGAGCCCAAAGCUGAAACCAUCAUCCACUGUCACCCUACUGGCCACUAAAGGUCACCAGCGGAGCCAAAGCAGCGGGAGGGGCAGCACCAGCCCAGGGUACACCCGUGAUGACUCUAUUGACCCCUCAGACGAGGACCUCGGCAUAGGCAUUGGGUCAUCUAUCGGGGGUUGUGGCUCGAGCCAAGCUGGUAACAGUGAACAUUUGUCGGAGGCGUUAAGCAGCUUGUCGCUGACAUCACUGCUGUCGCCCAGCUCCCUUGUGUAUCAGGGAGGGGCCGUGAAGAAGUGCAACAGCACAGGCAGCUUGGACAAAGGGGGGAUGAUGUUGUCUUCCCGUAGCAGGGAGAACCGCAAGGAGAUUAUCGGCCUAGAGCUUAUGGACCCCCAGGGCUUCUUGGCCAACCCCUGGACGGGGGUAUUAGUCGACACAAGAAGAGGAGAAAGAGGAGGGGAAACUGAAGAUGGAGAGCAGGGUUUGAAAGGGAAGAGCUCAAGCCAAACAACCUUGGGGCCCUGUCGAAAAAACAGAUGAAACCUGACGAUCAAUCUUUCCUUGUCUUUCCAUUCCUUGGAACUAACUCCACUGCUGCCCAUCUCAGUCUCUCUGAAGCAGAAGUUUGAUGACUCACGAUGACCCGCGUCCCAAAGCGAACCCUUAACUCUCCUCUUCAGUCUCUUUCUAUACAUUUAUGACAUGCCUGUGCUCUGUUUAUGCUAUCUUGGGCUGUGGUCUUAGCUACAGCUUUGUGGAGACAAAUCACCCUGCAGAGUGAAGGUCCAAGGGCUAAGAAGAGGUCCUUCUACCCUCUUGGGGUUGUAGCUGUGGAUCACGUAUGUGGAAGGCUCUGCUCAAACAGGAAAACCAGGAAGCUUAUUCUUAUCAGGGAGUCGACAGAAGUUCACUUAACAAGGAGUCCUAACGCCGGUCAACUUUAGUUUGUAAGGGGUUCAACAAGGCUGAAAUGAGAGAACAGAAGCACCCGAACAGCUAUCCAUGCCAAUCGAGAAUGUUUUGAUUUGUUGUGUCUCAGAGGCCGGACAGAAAGUCAGUGGGCGGAGGAUCUGCAACGGCAGAAUAUAUCAAGGUGGAAGGGAGGCUGGAAGAGGGGAAGGAAGGUUUUUUUUUUUUUUGUCCUUUGGAUCAAAAAGCAGAAAGCGGAUAUAAUGUCCAUCUGUUCUGGCAGACGGAAACAAUAAGUCCUACUCAUUUUGGCAAAGGACCUCUGCGGAGAUCAGAGUGAAACGCGAGGUGGAGGAGAGCUGCGGAAUGUGUGCCCAUCGCCUGUGACUGUGUACGACAGCACUGUCUCGGGUAUCCAGAGCAUGAAUAAAAUCAUUCUCACCACUGCCCCAUACAUCAGUGUUUUGAAACAGGAGAUAGGUAUUGACUUUGUGCAUCUGUCAACCCGGUCUUCAGCAGGAGCAGAAAAUUAAAAGAAAUUGAUUGACAGUGGAGGUAUAAUUCUGCAUGGAGUGAGUCGUGAAAUUGGUUAUUUUUCUUUCUAUCUUGAGCAUCUCUCGCUCAUGAACGUGAGGAAAUGCGUGUGAAAGAGAGGCCGGCUGAAUGGAGAUAAAUAAACCCUUUCAGAGGGCACAGCUAUGUGGGCAACUUUUUUGACUCACAAACAGUGAGACUUCAAGCACACUCGACUCUACAUCCUCAAGGAUUACAGAUGAAUGGACAAAAUCACUGGUGUUACAAGGGGACCUUGACUGCAUGAUGGGAUUGCAUUUAACCAAGAUUCUUUUUUUUAUCUAUAUACAGAGGUGUAUCAAGAUGUCAAUGUUGGGUGAUAACCAUGUGAUUCCUAUUCAAAUAUUUUUGUAGAAAAGAGAUUAGGCACGUGCAAGUGUUGUCCUUACUUGUCUCAACCCAUGCAGUGUCUUCAACCUGUUGUCUGGGACUUUUUGUCUGCCAGUGGCUUCCAGUUUUUUAACAUUUUUAAAAGAUGGACUAUACAAAACAACAAAGCAAAAAAAGUUCACUCUGACUUUUGUGCGCCGAAGUCAUCGUUCCCUGCAGCACAUUUUCUCAGUGGGAACACCGGUUCCUCAUGGACCUUUUUAUUUUUCCAAGAUGUUGGAGUCAAAGAGAAAUGGGAGCAGCCAUAUCCACUCACGACGUGGGGACACAGCUUACACGUCCACAUGUGCACAAAGAACUUUGUUUGCUUGUAGUCCCCUGGCUGAAAACCAUGAGCAGCAACAAAAGCUUUAUUUUAAUUCUCACAUCAUCAUACAUAUCGAUAAUGGGCACUUUAGUGUUCUUUAAGCAUGGUUGUGGGAUUGCAAUACAGAAUGCUUUUUUUAAAAAGAAAAAAAAUGAAACUUUAAUUUAUUUUCUUGCCCAAUGUGUCACACACAUACAGUAUGUUGUAGCAACACAAAUCUUGUUUUUAAUGUAAACUUAUUUUGGCUUCGCCGCUUGAUGACUUACGCCAUCCAAGAGGGAGACGCUCAUCUUUAAGCCUGAUUCCUAUAAUUAGACUGUUGCAUCCUUAGUGUUUAGAUUAUUUCUCAACAUUGAUUUCUCCGAAAAGAUUGAGAUGAUGUGAGAAAAUGUGAGGGUUUGACCUCGUUGAUCAUGCAAAAUCACUUUUAUGACAAUGUUUUAUUGCGGUCUUUGAUAUGUGUGAGUGAGGCAGCUGUGUGUGUGUGUGCGCGCAUGUGUGUGUCGGUACGAGUGGGUUUUGACUUCAGUUGAAGCAGUUGUCUUUUCCUGAAGUGUCUUGUUUGUCAGUAAGGAUUGCUGAGGUUUAAGAUUGAAGAGGAAAAACACGAAGCAACCAAGGGCUGUUUUAGCUUCAAAGAUAUACCUUUCUAUCUUUCUGAGACAAAUCCUUGUGUCAAUGAAUAUAGCAUCAAAGGUUAAAGCCUGACAACACAGCAAUAAAUGUUCUAAGUGUAUGCCCUAAGUAAA